AUGCAAUCGGCUAAAUCAAGAGCUCAUGAUCAUAAAAUUGUCAACACUCAAGAUAUCUUUCUUUCUGUUCAUUUCAGACAGUCAAAGACAUCUGUGAUAAAAAGCGUGUUACCUGCUUACCUCCGGAGUCCAAAGCGGGCUUUGUUGUUGGCCUUCACCUUCUUCCCAGCUUUGUUACUACUUAUUCAGAUAUGUGUGAUUCUGUUUGGGUCCAAUAAGUUCAUCUACAAGUGUAACAAGGAUUAUGGAUAUCCUCUACAUAAGACCGUUGUAAAUCCGCAUCCAUAUAGGUACAUAACUAACGUGUCAUCAACAUGUACAAAUAUCCCGGAAGUUUACGUCAUAACCCUCGUCAAAUCAGCAGCGGGAAAUUUUAAACAGAGACAUUAUAUACGAAGAUCUUGGGGGAUAGAUGCCAAAAAGAAAAAUCUCAGACUGGUUUUCCUUCUAGGAUAUGAUAAAGAGAACCAGUUUAAGGUGGAAUAUGAACAAAAUAUGCACGGCGACAUUGUUCAACAGGAUUUCCAAGAAAGUUAUUAUAACAACACAAUUAAAGUCACCAUGGCGCUUAACUGGGUUACUACCUUCUGUAAAAAUGCAAAAUACAUUCAGAUAGUUGAUGAUGAUAUGUUUCUUAACAUUCAAAACGCUCUCAAUUUUCUUCAGAAUAAAAGUGUUCGAUAUUAUUUCUAUGCAGGUUACCGGAUCCGUAACCCAAUAUUAGAACGUGACAAUCAAUCUAAGUGGUACAUACCUCACACAUAUUACUCGUUUGACUGUUUCCCAUCAUAUAUAGCGGGAGGAUAUGUCCUCAUGAACAUUCGAACUGUCAUUGCAUUCCAGAAAAUCAUUCCAAAUAUUCCAAGUUUGCCAUUUGAUGAUGUGUAUUUUGGCAUUAUAUCGCUGAAACUAUCAAUAACGCCGACCCAUAUAAAGACUUUGGAUGUGAGUAGGACCCCAACAUCACGGGGUAAAAUUAAGCAUUUUAUAGCUUUACAUGACUAUAAAUCUCUGGAGGAUUUUUUGUAUGCUUACAGCGUAACACACAAUAGAUUUUAA